AUGACUGCAGUAACUUUACCGCAAACGACUAUGGACUUGGGUUUCUACAAUGCCUCUCCAUUCAAUGUAUCCACAACGCCAGAAUCAGGGACCAACGAUUACGUAACUAAUGUUAUGAGACUCAUCUUUGUCAUCACAGAAACCGCUCUACUCCUAACACUGAACCCACUUUGUCUCCUGGCUCUGAGUCAUGUCCAUGACACGGUCCAAGACACCACUAAAGUGUUUCUUCGCUCCAUGACGGCUGCUGAUUUGGGGGUGGGGAUUUUCGUGGCCUUCCCAAUGAUACCUUCGGUAAUUUAUGGAGGCUGGCCGUUUGGGGAUGCAUUGUGCGGGAUGCAGUCCUUUCUGCUCCCCUUCUGUGUCACAGGAUCCCUUCUUUCGCUGCUCUUGCUAUCUGUAGACAGGUACAUUUCCGUGGUGUACGCGCUCCGUUAUCAUUCCUUAUUGACAUUGAAACGAGCCCGAAUCAUGGCCUGUGCUGCAUGGGCAGUUGUCUUGUGCACAGUGACAGGGUAUGGUCAUCUCAGUGGUUGGCGAGCCAAGUACUUUGACUACUCACUGUGCUGCAUUUUUUACAUCGAUGGUGGGGGUUCCUACACCUACAUGCAAGUUACCUACACGAUUAUUUUGCUUAGUUGUCUGCUGACAUUAGCGGUCGUGUACACCAGACUUUACCUGAUUUCACGCCAGCAUGCAUGCCGCAUUCAUGUCGACAACCAGCCUGCAGGACAAGGAAACCGACUCGCUAGGCCUGCUACCAAGACUCUACACACCAUGCUGCUCAUUGCAUUGAGUGCACUGUUUUUCAAUCUUCUGCCCAUCAUAUUCUUCACCAUGAUUAUAUAUAAUAACAGUGCAAUGCUGACCCUCUUUCUGUUUGUGCUGCCCGUACUGACAAACAGUUGGGUUAACGUCGUCAUCUAUUACCUCAGGAAUGGGGAAAUUCGUCGAGCGACAUUCAAUCUUCUGGUAUCAUGCUACAAAUGUUGCAAGCGGUGCACACAUUUCAAUCCAAAUUAA